AUGACAAAAGUUCAAAACCGCCGUCUUCAAGCAACAAAAUACGAUUUCCGUAAGCGAAAUCCUACAACCCAUGAAGUUCAGAUCAGUAUGCACAAAACAAAGAAGAUUGACAGCCAUGAAAAGGAUGUUGACAGGCUUAGUAAUUUGCCUGAUGAUAUCAUCCGCCGCAUCCUCUCUUUGAUGGACACAAGAUCGGCGGUAAAAACUUGCGUGUUGUCUAAGCAGUGGGAGCAUUAUUGGACUGAAAUCGAAAGUAUUAAAUUUGACGACAAAACCUUCAAUAAGUGGAGAGAUUAUGCAAAAUAUAUCCGGUGUGUGUUACGGCGUCGGAAGCCUUUUCGUCUCCAUAGCCUUACGUAUAAUUGCAGCGGGAGAAAAGACAAAUCCCUUGUCAGCAGAAUUUUCAAUUAUGCCAAGAAAUACAAUGUUGAAGUACUUGACACAGAUGUAUCCACUUUCUCUCCACGGUUUUACGAGUGUAAAACUUUGAAGACACUCAUAGUUGGUCCAAUUAUGCCAAAUCCUUUUGAUUUUGAAUCUUUAACAACUUUACAGCUCGUUGGAGUAUGGUUAUAUAAUGUAAAUCCCAAUCAUGAUCUCUUCUCGAGUUGUUUGAAUCUCAAGAACCUAAUAUUAAUCAAUUGUCAGAUCCCCUUGGACAGUUACAACAUUUGUGCUCCAGAGCUGGCUAAGUUGACUGUUUCAAAUAUUGCAGAUUGUACUUCUAACAAUAAAACCCUUGUGAUAUCUGCACCAAAACUUAAAAUCUUCGAAUUCAGUGGGAUGUAUCCUCUAGUACUGAGAAGUGAUGACUGUUUACGUUUUGAUAUAGUGGAUAUUCAAUUUUCACUUCCACCAACCGAUUCCCUUGAGGAAUAUAAUUUGAAGAAUCCGUACAUAUCUGGUCUGAUAGCCAUGGCUGAAGGGUUCGAUCACGCAAAGUCAGUCACAAUAUCAUUCAAAUUUUCAAAGGGGAAAUUGGUAUUGCAUCGAAACUACAACACUCCGGAGACAAAAACUAAAGUUAUACCGAUCCAUAAGGAUGUAGGCGAGGGAUGGUCAUUUGAUUUGGCUAUAGUUGGGCAACGUUUAGCCUUGAGUGGAUUUCACAUGAAGUGGAUGGCUACCAAGACUUGA